CGCGCGUGUUGAGUUUUCGUGACAACGGAAAUUUUUCUCGGAUGUGAUGAUCAGGCGUGGUGUGAGAUUUGGAGGAUCUGAAGCUUGCGUAUAUGUAUAAGCAUUGUUUGAACGCUCUCCGGCUUGAAAAGUUGGAAGGUAAUCGACUGGCGCGGAUUUUGAAUGAGCCUGUCGGUAUAGCAGUGCUGACGAUUUGAAUUACGGAAGGUGCGGUUAAUGGUGGGACCAGAUAAUACAUUCUUCUUCGGUACAAGAUAAACUCCUGGCAGCAUGUAUCGACAGAGGAGUGCUAGUACGGACAACAAUAAGCGAAGCCUGAUUCCUCAACUGAAUCGCCGACGGAGUCGAAGUAAUGAAGGCUCCGAUCGGAAAAAGAGCGUAGCUGCAAUGCCUAUGCGUAACUCUGUGUGCCCGCCGAAUGCCUUGCGAAAUUUGAAAGCAUCCCGCCCGACGGGCGUGUGUGCUACACCCCUGAGUGCUUCAUCGAGAAGUACGCGAUAUACCAUGAGUGCGACGAAAAGUCCUGGUAGUGCGUUUUCCAAUCGCCCGACGAAUGAUCCAUCUUACCCAGCUGCAGUGUCUGAUCGAAUAGACAUGUAUUUUUUAAAUGAAGGCCACGAUUACCGUGUUCCAAGGGAAUUUCGCACGUCCCAAGCAUCUAAGCAGCAGUUCCUGGAAGUAUUCGUGGUUCUUGCUCAGAGGCUGGACCCGAAUUUUGCCCCGGGAGGAGUGAAGGUUUCUGAAGACGAUAUUUUGAGAAUACUCCGAAUGCUUGGCUACAGUGCAACUUUACCAAAGUCGUCCUUGGUAGUACUGCAGAAGAGAUCGUGGCCGCAAGUCAUCGCAACAAUAGAUUUCCUCCUGGAAACUAUUUCGCAGCUCGACAGUGUGGAAGAGGAUCAUAUGUCUUUAAUUUUUCGGAAUACGGGAGAUCCUGUUGCGGAAGAUGCACAAGCUUUCCAGAGUGCUGUCCUUGCUGAAGUGAUCAAUCCAGACUACUGCGAGUUCGUUUCGGCCGCACAUGGGUCCGAAGAGGAAGACAUCAACAGGAUCAAAGAACGAGCACAAGUUGCCAUCGAAAAAUUCUACAACAUCGACGAUGUGGAUCCAGAACAAAUCGAGAAGGAGAGUUGCGAGUUGGAACGACAACUUGAAGCCCAAAAUGAAUUAUUUCAUGUUGCAUGUGAAAGAUACAAGCAGACUUCUGCUUCCGUGGAAGAAAUGGUCACGAGCCGGGACGAGUGUGAAGAGAAAAUCUUGAACAUCGCCGCACAAAUCGAGUCACUGUGCGAAACAAACGAUGGCGUUAAAAGUCGUCUUGACAACAUAAGUUCAAAGCUCGCGCAUUCUCAGGAAGUGAACGCGAAAUUGCGGUUGCAAAUUGCCAACCAACCCAUGUCCUACAUGGCUGCAGAAGAGCUUCGUGGUGAUCGGAAAAAUCUCAAGUUGAAAAUCAACUCCCUGGAGAAAAGCUUGGAUCAUAUGCGCAGUCUUCGAGAAGGGAAAAAAGCCGAGCUGGCUGCCUUGCGUUCUAGUUUCGAUUCUCAAGCUCGAACUUUCAACUCCGAAAAUCUCCUUCGAUUCGGAACGAAAGGCAUAAAAGAAUUCGGUGCAAAUUCAGCGUCUCUCGAUCAAGCUUCGAUUGUGGAAUGGUCACGUACUGUGGGCAAAAACCUUAAAUCGACUGCCCAGUCAGCACAUGCUGAAAAACAGUCGCUCGCGUUGUCGAUUGACGCUUUGAAAACAGAGAUUGCAUCGCAGGAGAAGCAGCUCUCGGUUGCUAAGACAGAAUUAACAAUCGACUUGUCGAAUGCCACGAAUAUGAAACAAAGUCAGCAAACAAUGAGAGAGCAAUGGAAAGCGAACAUUCGGAAAGCCACUGAUGAUUUCCUGGCAGCAAAAAAUGCUGCUGCAUCGUUGCGGAUAGAAAGUUGCGAAUUAUGCGCCCAAAUAGAAAAGCUUGUGAUCGCUUCGCAGAAAAUGAACGUGAAGCGUGCAGAAGCUGUUACCUUCAUUGAGCAGUUGUCUGGCGUCAUUGAGCAGAGAAAGCGAGAAAGGAAAGAAUUUUCUGCACAUUUAUUGCAGCGAAUCAAGGAAAAUGUGCAGAGGGGCUUUGCUGAUAUGGCCGAAGAAAUGACGAUGUUGACCGAAGGAUCAAAGCAAAGCUAUGGAGAAAUGAUCCAGAAGUUGCGAUCGAAGUGGGAAGAAUUCUUGGCGCGCGCUUCGGUCCGCGAUGCCGUAAUUUCAGGGAAGCGGGCGAGACGGUGAACGUGUGGAAAAAAUUUCCGCCGCAGUGAUCGAGUCAUUUUUGUGAUCUCUCCGCCCUCUAGAGGGCUUGAAUGUUUGUAUAUUUUCUCAUGUUCAUUGAAGUCAUGAUCAACUACAGAGAUUGUUUUUACAUGCGUUACUUGAGAUUAAAAAACAUUUUAUGCUUUUGUACUGUAA